AUGAAGAAACUAUCCAAGAUCCUGCACGCCCGUCGUCAUCACGACAGAGACCAACCCCGCGGCCUCACGCGCAAACCGAGCCGAGCCUCCCUCCAGGAAGCACCGACCCUCCACCAGCUCACGUCGACGCGACGAGUUCUGACGAGGCGAUGCACCGCACCCGUGCCCUCCUCGACCGACCGCGACGACGAUGCCGUGACGAGGACGGCCGACUUCGUCGCCGGCGGACAGAGCGGCCACGACGGCGAGGGUGGCGGCGGCAACGCCUUCGUCUGCAGCAGGUGCGCCGAGAUCGGCUUCCCGACCCUGAUGGACUGGCAGCCCGGCCAGCCCCGCCCGUGGGUGAGCCUCUCCCACGUCCUGCGGGACGACGGCGACGCCAACGGGUCCUGCCCCUACUGCUCCUUCUUCCGGGCCAUGCUCCAGGAUCAGAGCGAGAGUGACGGUGCAGGACGGGGGACGGGGCCGGAUCCUGCUGCUGCUGCUGCUGCUGCUGCUGCUGGUGGUGGCGGUGGGGUGGCGAGGAACGGAUCGGAGAGGGACGCCAAGUUCGCCCCCUACCUUCGUAUACGGCUGGCCUUUGAGAGGCUGGGCGUGCGGGAGAAGCACGCGCUCGGACGGAGCGUGCUCAUCGAGGUCAUGGCCCGCAGCAAGGGUCUCCCCUGGGGCUACAUCGUCAAGGCGGCCGACGACGACGGCACCAGCAUGGCCGGGUACUCGCCCGCCUUCGGCAAGGCCGGCGCGGCCGUCAUGCGCGGGAGGAGGGUGACGCCGCUGCUCGACCCCGCCCUGGCGCGCACCUGGCUGGACUUUUGCCGCGACAGGCACGCCUCGAACGAGACGUGCGCCAAGGGCGGCGCCGCCGGCACCGUGCCCGGCCUGAGGCUGAUCGACGUCCGGACCGGCCGCCUCGUCACCGUCCAGGCGGUCCAGGAGGGGGAGGGGGAGGGGGAGGCCUACGACUACGUCACGCUCAGCUACGUGUGGGGCAAGACGCCGGUCGGCAAGAUCGGCAGCGAGGCCAAGCCGGCCGACGAGGUCAACGGCGACGCGGUCAACGGCGACGCUGAUGCCGACAGGGACGGAGAACCGCCGGCCUCGCAGGAGGAGGAGGGCGUCGAAGCCCCGAUACCGGAAGAGGACGUCGAGGAUGCUGACGGAGCCGACGAGGCACCAGCCAAGGAACACGUCGACGGCCCCGAGGAGGAAGACGCGCCCGCACCGGAAGUCGACGGAGAGGCCGGCAGUGCCGGCACGGAUGCCCAGGAAUCGGCCGUCCAAGAAGAGCCCGACGGCGACGCCGAGAAACGGCAGGAGGCAGAGGUCGACGAGAAUAAGGAAGAAGCACCGGCACCGGCACCGGAACCGACAGAGGAAAAGACCGACACGGACACGGACACCGACUCGCUCCCAUCCGACCUCCCGCCCCUCAUCGCCGACGCCCUCAAGCUCACGGCCGACCUGGGCUACCGCUACCUCUGGAUAGACCGGUACUGCCUCCCGGAGCGGUCGUCAGGCCGGCAGGGCGACGCGCGGCAGGAGCAGCUGGACCUCAUGGGCGACAUCUUCUCCCGGUCAGCCUUGACGGUCAUCGUCGCCGGCGGAAGCAGCCACGGCAGAAGCAGUGCCCAUGCCAACCCCGACGAGGGCGACGGUGGCCAAGUCGGCGCAUACCAGGGCAUCCCCGGCGUCAGCGUCCCGCGCGAACCCCAGCUGACGCUGACGACGGCGCGGGGGCUGUUCACCACCACCCUCCUCCGUCCGGACCUGGACGUGGCCGACUCGGCGUGGGCCUCGCGCGCCUGGACGUACCAGGAGGGACUGCUGGCGAGGCGGAGGCUGGUGCUCACGCCGUCGCAGGCGUACUUCCAGUGCGGCGGAGUGCACUGCCACGAGUCGCUGUCGGUGCCGCUGGACUUGUUCGACGACAGCCAGCCCCCGCCGCCGCCGGCCGACGGCGAUGACACGGUCGGCGGCGUGAAGGGCGCCGCUGCUCGUCGCCUGAAUCUCGGGCGCGUCUUCCCCGUCGACGGUGCCGGGUCCCGGCCGGCCGACGUAUCGUCCCGCAUACAGGAGUACAUGGAUCGACGCCACGUGGCACCGUCGGACAGGUACGACGCGUUCCGCGGCAUGCUGCAGCACUUCCGACGCAUCGGUGCCAUCGACAACCUCGUCGGACUGCCGCUCGCCCACCCGGACGCCUUCGCGACGGGCAGCAUCGUCAGCCAGACGGACCGUCUGGCCGUAGCGCUGGGAUGGCGUGUCGUCGCACCGCACAGCGCGUCCAACAUGACGACGGCGACGACGACGACGACGAUGACGACGACAGCGACGUCCACCCCCGCCUCAUCGUCAGUCUACGUCCUCGACCGGAACCUGCACGCCGUCUACCCAUCGUGGACGUGGCUAGCGUGGCGUGCGCCUCCCGGCCUGCGGCAUCAGCAGCAUCAGCAGCAGCAGAGCUCCACCUUCACCUCCCUCUCGUCCCCGUCCACCCGCCGUCCGACCCUGCGCAUGCUCCCGGACCACGGGGCCGACGUAGCUGCCCCUCCUUGCAUGGAGCUAUCAGUCGGGUUCGACGACGGCACCGUCCUGAGCUGGGAGAUUGACGGCGACGCCAUCGCCCGACGACCGCAGUCCGCCGUCGAAUUCCUCCGCGUGACGAGCUACACGGUCGACAUGGUCCUGCACCGGAACACGGCCGCAGAGGCGGACGCCCAGAUGGAUGACCUCUCCCUCGUGGGCGUCAGCCUCCCUUCCACCCAGGCGGACGCCAUAAAGGACUGGUACCGUGCCGCCGUCAAGGGAUCGGAGCCGGAGCCGGGGACGGCGUCAGGGACGGCGUCGGAAGGGCAAGGGCAGGGAGAUGCGCGUCUGACGGCCGUCAUCGUCUCGGGAACGAGUUGGAAGAUCCCUACCACGACCAGUAGGGAGGCCACCAUCCUCGUGUGCAGGACUGUGGCCGAUUCUGCUGCUGCUGAUCGGGACAGGUCCGAAAGACUGAUCAGACUGGGCGCCCUGGCCAUCCCAUACGCCACGUUCAGCCAAGCCGAAGAGAAUGCGAAGAGGGUCGCCGGGCUGGACGGUAUCAUCUUGGAUGACGGGACGAGGACCAAUCUCUCUUUUGACCUGAGGGAAGUGGACAUUUAUUGA